CAAAUGUGUUUCCCGUCCAUCGACGCUUGCUAAACGACUUCGACUUUUCCAUUUCCCUAGCUGUUGCUCCGGAAGAUCCUAAUCUUUAUGGCCGAAGGAAGACGACUGCAGAGUGUUUUCCACCGAUGCCGACGUUCUGUCUUUCAUGUUUUGUACACCCGGCGGCGGCGUUUCUCGCUAGACAAUCCAAAGCCCAAAUCCCAGCGGAUUACAUCAACGUGUGUUAGUGAAUAAAAUUUAGAGGAAAAAACAAACAAUGUUAUGAAGUAAAACUUUGAGAAAAUUUGCAGUGAAAAUGUGUUUUAGAAAAAUAUAAAUAAAUGCAGUCUAAUAUUAGUGCUAAGUGAUUGUUACCAAGUUAAAGCAGAAAAUCGAAGAAAACGAAAUCUAGCAAAAAUGGCCUUACAGAAGAAGCUUUCUUCCAACGAGUUUGAGCUAUCGUCAAUCAACAAAAUGAACAACAACAGUGGCGGGGGUGGUCAAGCUGGAAGCAGCUCCGGCACCGCCAACAACGAUCCAAACGGAAACGGAAUCACGGGGAUAAUCAGCAGCGGAAACAACAGCAACAACAACAGCGGGGCAAAGGUCCCCGUCAAGAAGAUACAGUUCAGCACGCCCGAGUUUAGCAUCACACCGAUCGAGGCGAUUCCGGGCCAGGCGGUGAAGCCGCCGCCGAACCGGAGAAGGGAAGAAGCCAUCGUGAUGGCCAACCUGCGCAAGCGAGUCGCCGCCUGUGACCUGAACAAGAACGGUCGCCGGAACAUUCCGGCGCCGAACCUGGACGACAUCAGCAUCAACGACACCGGCCAAACGCAGGACCAGCUUGACCAACGCCCGCUACUCCCCAAACCAGCCAGUUCGACCGCCCUGGACCGGAAGGACCGCCAGAAGAACGGCGGCACCGGAAUCGCCACGGUCGGAACGGAGGACGGCGGUGAGGGCUCGCCCAAGGUGAAGAUCGUGAUGGACAAGGACUUUAUCUUCGAGUGCAUGUGCUGGCACAACGAGUACCGGAUGAGGCACGGGGCGCCGGCGCUGUCCAUUUCGGCGGAACUGUGCGAGAUGGCAAACCAGUGGGCGAACCACCUGGCCAACACCAACGAGCUGUACUACCAGAUCGGCUCCAACUACGGGCAGAACAUAUUCUGCUGUCCGGCCAACUCGCUGCUGACGGAUUUGUCGGGGCAAGAGGUGGCCACGUACUGGUACAGCACCAACCGGCGGUACGACUACUUCAAGGAGCCGCACCUGUUGCACACCAACGUCAACACGGGCCACUUUUCCCAGAUGGUUUGGCGGGCGAGCCGGUACUUUGGCGUUAGCAAGUCCAUCUCCAAAACGGGCAAACUGUUCGUGGUGUCGUACUACUACCCGGCGGGGAACGUGAUGGGCGAGUUCCGGCAGAACGUGCUGCCCCCGGUUGUGGCCUCCGACGCCGACCCGCACCUGUCGCGGCCACCCUCCAGCAAGGACCUGGAGAAUCUGAGUGCUUCCCACUGAGUAAAUAAGAAACGGUGUUCCAUUAUGUAACAUAUAAGAUACUUCCUAAGCCACAGACUAACCCCAUGGAUUUCAUCGUUUUUAAAGAAACUAUUAACCAACAAGCCACGUGUACAGAUGUUGUAGAGCCGCGCACUCUGUCCUGUCUGUUUUUCAGUUUUUGUUCGUGAUGUUACUGUUGAUGUUCUCUAGGAGAAAAAUAAAACACAUGAGCUUGAA